GCGGAGGUGGAGACUGCCGAGUGGUGGCAGCGGCGGCGGUGGCGUCGACGCUGUAGCAUCCCUGCCUCCUUCCUCCGCUGUAGCCAACGUUGAGCCCAGCCGCAGAGGCCGGGUAAAAGCAUCUUUCCUCUCCCGCCAGUGGGUCUAAAAGCUGGGAACCAUGACAACUCACGUAACCCUGGAAGAUGCUCUGUCCAAUGUGGACCUCCUGGAGGAGCUGCCAUUACCAGAUCAGCAGCCAUGCAUUGAGCCACCUCCAUCAUCCAUUAUGUACCAGGCCAACUUUGAUACAAAUUUUGAAGAUAGAAAUGCUUUUGUAACUGGUAUUGCUAGAUACAUUGAACAAGCAACAGUGCAUUCUAGCAUGAAUGAGAUGCUGGAGGAAGGGCACGAAUAUGCGGUAAUGCUUUAUACUUGGAGGAGCUGUUCCAGAGCUAUUCCCCAGGUAAAGUGUAAUGAGCAACCAAACCGAGUAGAGAUUUAUGAGAAGACAGUGGAAGUCUUAGAACCAGAAGUGACAAAACUCAUGAAGUUCAUGUACUUUCAGAGAAAGGCCAUUGAACGAUUCUGUAGCGAGGUCAAGCGUUUGUGCCAUGCAGAGAGAAGGAAAGACUUCGUUUCAGAAGCGUAUCUACUGACAUUAGGAAAGUUUAUCAAUAUGUUUGCAGUCUUGGAUGAACUGAAGAACAUGAAGUGUAGUGUCAAAAAUGACCAUUCUGCUUACAAAAGAGCAGCUCAGUUCUUAAGAAAAAUGGCUGAUCCUCAGUCUAUUCAGGAAUCACAGAACCUCUCCAUGUUCCUAGCAAACCAUAAUAGAAUCACUCAGUGCCUGCAUCAGCAGCUGGAAGUGAUCCCUGGUUAUGAAGAACUGUUGGCUGAUAUUGUCAACAUCUGUGUGGAUUACUAUGAAAACAAGAUGUAUUUGACACCCAGCGAGAAGCAUAUGCUCUUGAAGGUGAUGGGUUUUGGUCUGUACCUGAUGGAUGGAAAUGUCAGUAAUAUUUACAAAUUAGAUGCCAAGAAGAGAAUCAACCUCAGCAAAAUUGAUAAAUUCUUCAAGCAGCUGCAGGUGGUUCCUUUAUUCGGCGAUAUGCAGAUAGAGCUGGCCAGAUACAUUAAGACCAGUGCUCACUAUGAGGAGAACAAAUCCAAAUGGACAUGCACACAGAGCAGCAUCAGUCCACAGUAUAACAUCUGUGAACAGAUGGUACAGAUCCGAGACGAUCAUAUCCGGUUUAUCUCUGAACUUGCUCGCUACAGCAACAGUGAGGUUGUAACGGGCUCCGGAUUGGAUAGUCAGAAGUCAGAUGAGGAAUAUAGGGAGCUUUUUGACCUGGCUUUACGGGGACUUCAACUUUUGUCCAAGUGGAGUGCGCAUGUGAUGGAAGUGUAUUCUUGGAAACUAGUCCAUCCCACUGAUAAGUUCUGUAACAAAGAUUGUCCAGGCACUGCUGAAGAGUAUGAGAGAGCUACAAGAUACAAUUAUACCAGUGAGGAAAAGUUUGCUUUUGUGGAGGUUAUUGCUAUGAUCAAGGGCCUGCAAGUGCUCAUGGGUCGCAUGGAGAGUGUCUUCAACCAGGCUAUCAGGAACACAAUCUAUGCUGCUCUACAGGACUUUGCUCAGGUGACCCUGAGAGAGCCCCUGAGGCAAGCGGUUAGGAAGAAGAAAAAUGUCCUCAUCAGUGUUCUUCAGGCAAUUAGAAAGACAAUCUGUGAUUGGGAGGGAGGACGUGAGCCUCCAAAUGAUCCCUGUCUGAGAGGGGAGAAAGAUCCCAAAGGUGGUUUUGAUAUCAAAGUCCCACGACGAGCUGUUGGACCUUCAAGCACACAGCUUUAUAUGGUGAGAACCAUGUUGGAAUCCCUCAUUGCAGACAAGAGUGGUUCAAAGAAGACACUUAGAAGCAGUUUGGAUGGACCAAUAGUUCUGGCCAUUGAAGAAUUUCAUAAACAGUCCUUCUUCUUUACACAUCUUCUCAAUAUAAGUGAAGCCCUCCAACAGUGCUGUGAUUUGUCCCAACUUUGGUUCCGGGAAUUUUUUCUGGAGUUGACCAUGGGUCGCCGAAUUCAGUUCCCCAUUGAGAUGUCAAUGCCCUGGAUUCUAACUGAUCACAUCCUGGAUACCAAAGAACCCUCCAUGAUGGAAUAUGUGCUCUACCCACUGGAUCUCUACAACGAUAGCGCCUAUUAUGCUUUGACCAAGUUUAAAAAGCAGUUUCUCUAUGAUGAAAUUGAAGCAGAAGUGAACUUGUGUUUUGAUCAGUUUGUGUAUAAACUGGCAGAUCAAAUCUUUGCUUACUAUAAAGCAAUGGCUGGCAGUGUUUUACUGGAUAAGCGCUUCCGGGCUGAAUGUAAAAAUUAUGGAGUGAUUAUCCCUUACCCACCAUCCAAUCGCUAUGAAACAUUGCUCAAACAAAGACAUGUCCAGCUGCUAGGCAGGUCAAUUGACUUGAACAGACUUAUUACCCAGCGUAUCUCAGCUGCGAUGUACAAAUCACUAGAUCAGGCUAUAAGCCGCUUUGAAAGUGAAGAUCUGACAUCCAUUGUGGAACUUGAAUGGCUUUUGGAGAUCAAUCGUUUGACACAUAGACUCUUGUGCAACCACAUGACUUUAGACAGUUUUGAUGCCAUGUUCCGCGAGGCCAAUCAUAAUGUUUCAGCUCCUUAUGGGCGCAUCACGUUGCAUGUCUUCUGGGAGCUAAACUUUGACUUUCUACCUAAUUACUGCUACAAUGGGUCUACUAACAGGUUUGUGCGGACAGCAAUUCCAUUCACCCAAGAACCCCAGAGAGAUAAACCCGCCAAUGUUCAGCCAUAUUACCUUUAUGGCUCAAAGCCACUCAACAUUGCAUACAGCCACAUUUAUAGCUCUUACCGAAACUUUGUGGGACCCCCCCACUUCAAGACAAUCUGCCGACUCCUUGGAUACCAAGGGAUUGCUGUUGUGAUGGAAGAAUUGCUGAAGAUUGUCAAAAGCCUGCUGCAAGGAACCAUCCUUCAGUAUGUGAAGACCUUGAUAGAGGUGAUGCCGAAGAUUUGCCGCCUGCCAAGGCAUGAGUAUGGAUCUCCAGGAAUCCUGGAGUUUUUCCAUCACCAGUUGAAGGACAUAAUUGAAUAUGCAGAACUAAAGACUGAUGUAUUCCAAAGUCUGAGGGAAGUGGGUAAUGCCAUUCUUUUCUGCCUUCUCAUAGAACAGGCCCUGUCCCAGGAAGAAGUGUGUGAUUUGCUGCAUGCUGCUCCCUUCCAAAAUAUUUUGCCCAGGGUCUACAUCAAAGAAGGAGAACGCUUGGAGGUACGCAUGAAGCGUCUCGAAGCCAAAUAUGCCCCACUUCACCUGGUUCCCUUAAUAGAGAGGCUGGGAACUCCUCAGGUAAGGAUGACAUUGAAACCCAUAUUGACUGGAUGACACAACACGUCACCCAGCCCUGAUUCUUCCUCAUCCCCCAUCCCCCGAACAUCCUGGAUCUCAAGAAGCCUUUCUAUUUUUGUUGCCUGGAUUUCAGCUGUACACCCCAGAAUAUUGAUAGAAACAUUACUUGUGACUGAACAAAAUUGGUGAAAUUCAGUAUGGUUCUUAUGUAGUUGUGUGUCCACCAUAAUCACCCUCUGCUUCAGAGACAAUCAGUUUGUCAUUAUUGGCCUGAAUCUGAAUUAUUUGAAAUGUUUGUUGUUGUUAUUGUUGUUCACAUGAAUAUCAGGCAAGGCAUUCUCUUGUCUCUGAAAAUGGACCCUGAAGUUUCAAAAUAGUCAUGGACUCCUACUGUAUCCUAUACCCCUGGCUCCAAUUUUUUUUCUCUUGGUUCUGUCAUGGCAAAGAAUAAGACCAGGCUACCCAUUACAGUACUUCUCUGGCAAGUUUUCCAUAUUUUCACUGACAUUCUGUUAUAAUAUGCAGCUUUCAGAUAGCACAUUAAUUGUGGCAAUCAAAUUAUGUACCUGUUCAUUUGCAAAUUUGUAUGAACUGCCCACUCACUCUAGACGUCUAACAGUAUUCAAAGAUUGAAGUGUCCAGUGAUAAAAUCAAUACAGGCAGUCGUAAGUUACAGGUCACAACUGAGAAUAGCAACUCCGUCACUAAGUGACAUGGUUGUAAAGUAAAACACCACAUGACCUUGCUGCCUUACAACAUCAGUUCUGGCUGCAGCUCUGAAGUUAAUGCUGUGUGGUGGUUAUGUGCAGUGUCAUAUAUGAUCGCGACUGACUGCCAAUUUCCCCAUUAACUGUGUCAGAAACCUGCUGUGAAAGUUGCAAAUGGCAAUCUCUUCAAAGGGGGACACUGCAACCAUCAUAAAUAUGUGCCAAUUGCCAAAUGCCCA